AUGGCCAAAAGCCAACGUGCGUCCACGCGCAAGCGGAACAAUGCUGCUCUCCGAUCCAAAGUCUUCGGGCCCGCCAUGGACGCCAGAACCGAGCGUCUAUCGGCCAAAUUGCAGGAACUAGCAGCGAAGCCAAAGCCGGAGGAUGAGAGAGCAAUGGCUGUAGACGAGCAAGAAGUCACGAAGGAGGAGGAUUCGAACGCAACCGAAGCGAACGAAGAGGAGAUGGACGUUGACGCCCGAGGUGCGAAAAUGAAGCCGGUCAAGAAGGCCGGAUCUGCAAAGAAGACCAACCGCGUCUCGAAGAACCGCGUCACCAAGUCGAGGAAGCCCAGGAACAAUGUUAUCUUCCCCGAGCUACAGGCUAGGAAACGGAAACAACAGGAGCGCAAGGCACAGGGAAAGAGAUGA